ACUGGGUGUGGCGCAAGCCGGAAGUGGGUUGAAAAGGAAAGAGAAGGGGAACCGAGCCGGCAUAGUGAUUUGGAGACAGGGGAGGGAGAGACUGGACCGCACAGCACAUCUCUUGUCAAGGCAAUUUUUUAUUCGUUUGUUUGAAUGAGUUUAAAUUAGAACCGCGCGCAAUUGAAAGAAAUCCCCCCCCCAUUUUCGAAAGCGGAAGCCAAUGAAUUAGGACAACUCCAGCUGAAGUCCGAAGUUCUAAGAAACGUUUUAGAGAAGGAAAAAUCUAACUAGGCUUAGCCUACGCUCGCAAACAAGACAAUGUCUGGAAACAACAGCAUCGACGCGGUUAAGCGAAAGAUUAAAGUUUUACAGCAACAGGCAGAUGAAGCCGAAGAAAGAGCAGAAAUUCUUCAGAGACAGGUCGAGGUGGACAAAACAUCAAGAGAACAGGCUGAGGCUGAGGUUGCUUCCCUGAACCGGCGUAUCCAGCUGGUUGAGGAGGAGUUGGACAGGGCCCAGGAGCGACUGGCCACUGCUCUGCAGAAACUGGAGGAGGCAGAGAAGGCUGCGGACGAAAGUGAGAGGGGCAUGAAGGUGAUUGAGAACCGAGCCCUAAAGGAUGAGGAAAAGAUGGAGCUACAGGAGAUCCAGCUGAAAGAGGCCAAGCACAUUGCUGAGGAGGCCGAUCGCAAGUACGAGGAGGUGGCUCGUAAGCUGCUGAUCAUCGAGGGGGAUCACGAGCGCACAGAGGAGAGGGCAGAGCUUGCUGAGGCCAAAGCCAGGGCCCUGGAGGAGGAGCUGAGGGGUUUUGACCAAUCUCUGAAGUCCCUGCAGGCCUCUGAAGACCAGUACUCCCAGAAGGAGGACAAGUAUGAGGAAGAGAUUAAGAUCUUGACUGACAAGCUCAAAGAGGCUGAGACUCGUGCUGAGUUUGCUGAGAGGUCUGUGGCCAAGCUGGAAAAGACCAUUGAUGAUCUGGAAGAGAGACUGGCCAAUGCCAAGGAGGAGAACCUCAAGAUCCAUGCCACCCUGGACCAGACUUUGCAGGACCUCAACAGCUUCUAAGAACCCCCAGAUGGACUCUCCCAAAAACCACCUUCCUCCACUUAUCCCUCUGCCGACCUUUGCUUUCCACCUCUCUCUCAUUCAGUCUCUCAUUCCUCCUCGCUCUGCUGUAGUGGAGGGUAGGAAAAAUCCCCACUGGAGGGUGCCAAAACCACUAUUUACAAUGACACCUUUAUUCUCAACAGCAUUGAUUUUUCUUGUUAAACUUUAGGUUUUCAAUGUGACAUCUUGCGGAAGCUCUUGCCUUUAUCCAUUGGAAUGGUGUUUAAUAGGGUAAUAGUUUAAUUGUGUGGUCUAUUAUUCUAUCUUGCUUGUGUGGUCGAUUAUUCUAACUUCUCCUUGUUGGAAUGGGGCUAGCAUGACUGCCUUUAAGGAUUUAUUGGCAAGUUAACAAGAACAUGGUUAGGCCACUCAUCCAUUAUAGCCCAUUAGAAAAAGGGGGGAAUGGGGCACUUUUUUUUUUUUUUACCAGCCAUUUACUACAUGUGAUUAUUUACUCCUGUCCUGCUGUUGUAUACUCUGGCCUGGCUCUAUUUUGUUCGCUAGCACCUUCCCCUAACACCUAAUCCCUGAAUGUUCACAGAUCUGAAAAGGGUAAACAAGAUGGAGUAAAUGCCACUUGGCCUAUCAGAGGGAUGGGUCAUUUCCACAUUGCUUAGGCCUAUGCAGUCCUUUCUGACAAGUUAACACCAAAAAGGGUUAGUGGAUAGGGUACAGAAUGUAACUGGCUUUCUGUCCUCCUAUAUCCCUCAUUUUUGCCUACUUUACACCAAUACGGUUUGGGACCAAAACCACACUGGGUGGUGUUUUUCCUAUUCCUUAGGUAUUUGUUUGUGUGCCUGAUAUUUUGUUUUAUCCCACUUAAACAAUAGCCACUAUCACAAGACAAUGCUGCACUUGUAUGACACUAAUUAUUUGGCUGCGUUUACAUGGGCAGCCCAAUUCUGUUUUUUCCACUAAUUGGUCUUUUGACCAAUCAUAACAGAUCUUUCAAUAUUAGCUCUUUUUCCAAGCUGAUCUGAUUUGGUCAAAAUACAAAUCAGUGUGAAAAAUAUUAGGUUUGGGCUGCCUGUUUCAACAGCCUUUUUAGUUUGACAGGUUUAUGGUGAAGUUCUUGGGUUAACAAAAAUCAAUGGCUAUCACCUUGCCAGUACCAUGCCAAUUCUAGAAAAUGGGUGGGGGAUCUGAUUAGUGUGACGUAAAACCUAUACAAUUUUAGUAGGGGAUUAAACUAAAACACCAAAAAUUAACUCAAUGUUUUAACUGGAAACUCACUGUGUAUAACCACUUUGUUUGUCUUGUUCCAUUGUAAUGACUUUUGAUGUUGAAUAAAGACCAUGAUUUUUACUGCCAUACUAAA